UCUAUCUUAUAAAGUGUUUACAAUUUCCACUACUGGUUUUUAGAAUUAGCUCUUCUGACUUUCACUCUGAUUUGGAGAGAGAUAUCGAAACGAAACGAUGCCGUGCCUCAACCUCUCCACCAACGUCAACCUCGACGGCAUCGACACCUCUUCCAUCCUCUCCGAAGCCACCUCCACCGUCGCUAACAUCAUCGGAAAACCCGAGUCCUAUGUGAUGAUUGUGCUGAAAGGAUCAGUACCCAUAUCUUUUGGUGGGAAUGAGCAGCCAGCAGCUUAUGGAGAAUUGGUGUCCAUUGGCGGUCUUAACCCGGAUGUGAACAAGAAACUUAGUGCUGCAAUUGCCGCAAUCCUCGAAACCAAGUUGUCCGUGCCUAAGUCACGCUUCUUCUUGAAAUUCUAUGACACCAAGGCCCAUCAGAGUCAAGAAUAUGCACAGUGUUUGCAUGCUUUACAUCAGCAGUAGAUCAUGGUUCCAACUUUGGAUGGAACGGUUCUACAUUCUGAAUUCCGUGUUAGUUUGGUUACUCAUGGUGCCUUAAAUGCUGGAUGGAGUCUUCAUUAUGUUCCGUUUCUAGUUAUAUGUCUAUAUUUGGUGUCAUAACAUUAGUACUUGGGGUUUCUUAUGACCUAAGCGAGUCAUGCAAGUCAGUUUGAUCAAUUGUAUGGACAAAUAGGGAUUAUGUGUGCUUAUCGAUCUUUUGGACAUCUGUAUUGAUGAUGCAUGAUCAAUUAAACAUGAUUCCUAGAUGAAA